AUGACCAGAGAAGAAACAAAGAUGCCGGUCGUGGCAAGAAAAGAGAAAAGCCGAAACAAGUCACUACUGGGUCUCGACGGUGUCUUUCGGCUUGACCCUACGACUUUGAGGUGUCAAAAAGACGCGACCCGGCAACUCGAUUUGAGCUCCGUACCAGUACAACAGCCGACGACCCGAUAUACCUCCGAGAUGACGAGCCACGGCUCCUCCCUUCAAACGCUGAAAUUUGUUCCGCCUGGAGGCCAUCGGGCGUGCGCAAACUGUUCCAUCGCAAAGUCAAAGUGCAUCACACCCGAUGGCGCCACCAAGUGUGAACGCUGCCAACGAAUGAACAAGGAGUGCUUUGCCAAGUCGAAAUCAAAAAGAAAAAAGAGGCAAUCUGCUGACUUGUUAGGCGCCCCGGAUGGAGGCCCAGGACCAGUUAGGAAGCCGCGUUCAAGACAGCCUUCUGCCUCGCCAUCCAACACAUCCCGUCUCCGCGAUGAAACUCACUCAUCAGUACGGCCCGGCGUCGGCCUCAGCAUAACUAGCCAUGCGGAAAGGCAAGCGAGCGACAUGUCGAUGCCGUCGUCACCAGCAUCUCACCAAGCGAUGAAUGAAGCAAGUUCACGCCAGCCGCGGCAGGACCAGCCUGCAUCUGGAUCUGGCAUCAUAGAUGCGUUUUUUGAACAGAAUCCGAGCGUGGCCGCAGAUGCCGACAAUCUCGUGGACUUUUACAGGAGGUAUCAGGAACAGCACUGCCCCAUGCUGGUGGGACAUACCACUGGCACCAGUCUUCGUCGAGAUAAUGAAGUGCUCUUCAUGGCUAUCCUCAUGGCAGGAAGCUUCAACGACCGCCCGCAGCAGGAGCGUAUUGCGAGCUGUUGCGUCGGUGUAAUCAUGGAGAAUAUACGUCAACCAGAGAAGAGAAAUUUCAAGCUACUAUAUGGGAUUAAUUGCUUCCUAGCUUGGUCUCAUGCAAUGAAACCAGACAGCUCCCUGCUCACAGACGUUCUUCGAUCGAUAGUGACGCUGGCGGAAGAGUUGCAACAUGGCUUGACACCUCCGAUUACUCAAGUCGACCCUGCCAUGACCAGGGACGAACGAGGACCCGGCAAGCUGGCAGAGGAGCGUACAUGGAAGACAUACGUGGAAGAAUGUCGUGGCUUGGCACGCUGUUACAUCAUUGCCAGUUUCGUCGGCCAGCUGACAAAACCCUGCAAGGUAGUGUACCAGAAUAUGCAAUGGUCCCAGCAGCUUGAGCAAGCUUGUGCUGUACUUGAAAGUCAAGAAGCAGACGCAGACGCGUGUAUUGUUGCCGCCUUGACCAGACUCGUGCACGUUGCUGAGAAGAUGACUGCACCGUGCGGUAAUAUUGAGCAGAGCUCGAGUAGCCAGCCGUUUGUUGAUGCCGAGAAUGCGGAGAUGCUGUUUGGCGAUUUCAUCAGCCGCUUGCCCCAGAUAUUGCAGAGUUCAAACUUCUUCAGAUUACACUUGCACACCGUCGAGAUACUGCUUUACAAGUUGAGCAUACCUAACAACACAAUCCCCAGCAAGCCAGUUCUGGUAUCCAAGACAAGGCCGCAGGCCGAACUCCAACUGCGGUACAUCCAGGCGGCCUCAGCGUUUAGCGACAUUUUCUACUCCGUAGCGCCGGCCUUUUACGUGUGUCUUCCUUCGACAGUAUGGGCACAGAUGCACCAGAUCAGCUGCGCGGUACCUACGAUCGCUGGAACACCACAGUUGGGGUGGUCUGCGGAAUUCCUGCCCACCCCGACCUUGCCAGAAUACCAUCGACAGCGGUUGGUUGCCGGCUUCGAACAGGCCAGCCUCGCCCUGUCCACCAUGAGGCCGGAAGCGAACAGCAACGGCAACUUGUUCGACGUCUGGGCUGCCGAUUCGAGGUCGCAGUCGUCCGCGUCCAGCUUCGGGUGGUGCAUGUACGAAUGUGUGCUCGCAGGGCUGGUCGAUGACGACGACACGUCUUUGGGGUUUGCGACAGGUAUGAUGAGGCAGCAGCUGCCGAUGCCCAACUCGCCUCAGACGUCACAAGUGCCACUGCCACAGUCCAUCACGGUCCCAUCAAAUGUCCAGCAAACACAACACCAACUGCCAAGCCAGGGAUUCCACGAGCUGGCCGUUCAACAUGACCCGGCAAUUUGGCCCAGCGUCACUGCGGGCGACUGGAACAAUUGGCUCGAUGAUGUUUCAUCUUCUGCCUACCUCGACGUCUCGGGACAGAACUUUGACCGGACCCAGCGGCUCCCAAACCCCCGUGCAGCGCCUGAGGAACAGUCGGGGGAGGCUUCAUAUUUGCUCUGGGAAGGUGUCGAGCAGUGGUGGCCGCAGACGACAGGUCCACCCUGA